UUUGUUUGAAGUGAAUUGCUGCUUGGAACUGCCCUACAAGCUGCAAAGUCGCAAAGCAUUAGGUUUGCACAGUAUAUCUUUCUGAUUUUCUCAGGUGCAUUUUGCUCUUCUAUGCAUCGCAGAGAUGAUGUUAGGCCACCAUUUUCAGAAUUCGGACAAGUCGCAGCUACUAGUGAACUAUGUGGAGGAUUAUCUGGAAUGUGUGGAGUCCCUGCCUUUGGACAUACAAAGAAACGUCUCUCUGCUUCGAGAAAUUGAUGCAAAGUAUCAAGAGGUGCUGAAGGAGGUGGAUGAAGUGUUUGAGAAAUACAAAGGUGAACAGGACACAGCUCAGAGAAAGCGGCUACAGAUCCAGCUGCAGAGAGCGCUGAUCCUCAGCCAGGAGCUGGGAGAUGAGAAAAUCCAUGUUGUGACUCAGAUGACCGAUCUGGUGGAAAACCGUUCCCGUCAAAUGGACUCUCACUCUCUCUGCCUCCAGGAGCCCAGUGAAGCGGAGCGGCUUACCACGGAGCGGCGGUCUAGCAUCCAGGAAUCCCCAGCACCUGAACGCGUCUCCAACCGGCGCCCGAGACGCCAGCGUAACAGUGAGAGCCGCGACUCCACCCACCUGUCUGCCAAUGGCUCACUGGUGGAUGAUCCUCUUGAUGAACUGCCCCUACCCCCACCACGAGAAAAGAAGCCCAAGUCUUCAAAGAAGAAAAAACGCAAAUCCAAACAGGAGCGAGAUGCCUCGCCAGUCGACUUUACCAUCGAUCCCAAUGAGCCCACCUACUGUCUCUGCGAGCAGGUGUCUUACGGUGAGAUGAUCGGCUGCGACAACGACCAGUGCCACAUUGAGUGGUUCCACUUCUCAUGUGUGGGUCUCACCUACAAACCCAAGGGAAAGUGGUACUGUCCCAAAUGUAGAGGGGACAAUGAAAAAACUAUGGACAAAACCCUCGACAAGAACAGAAAAGAUCGCAGGUCCAGGUAGUGACUCUCCUGAAAAUGGUCUUCAGCCUGAGGAAAGUAAAGUGCUGUUUUUAGGAGCAUACAUUAACAGUAAGCAGCAGCCAUCAGAAAUCAAGAACACAAAUGAAUGAACUGGUUCUGAUAGUUCCUGCAGGCUGUUUGGAGCCGUGCUGCUUUAUGAAAAGCCGCCCUCUUUCACACCAUUGCUGUUUGAAAGAUUCAUUCAAUUUGAUUCAAGUGAAGACACUGAAAGCUUCCUAAGAUUUAUGUACACCAUCUCUCUUUGUACAAUAUUCUUAUGAAGAAAGAUAAUCCAACUAAUGCUCAUGAUGUUCCUCAGUUUUGGUCAAAUCUUUUUCUUUUUUUAAGUUCUUAUUUGAAAUUGUGUCGGACUGUCUUCAUACAUUGAUGGCUUCUGAGAUAUAGCCUAACAAGUGAAAUAUGUUUAUAAGAGAUCAUAAAUUAAUUUUGGUAAAACAUUGUUGAUGGGACAUUGAUAUAAAGUUAUGUUUGUGUUUUCAGUGGUUUUCUAUCACCAUUAUGUAUAUUUCUUUUUACACCCAUUAAAACAAGCAGUGUUACCAACUUAA